UAAUUCUUUUUGAGUGAAGAAAAACGAAUACGGGGAGCUCUAAUCCCCCGCUCUCUCGUACGUCUCCUAGCCGAUUACGAGAGAGUAUCCGAAUGUAGUGGAGAUCUGAGUACCGUUUAACAAACGUAUCUUGAAGGAUAAAAUGCUUCCUCGUAAGAAAAGUUUUUAAUGAACAUUUUAUUCGUUAAAAUGAUUUGGAAAAGAGAGAAAAUCGUUCGAUCGUGAUGCGCGUUGUCGCGGUCUCGCCGAAUCUUCGGAAAAAAUUGUCUCGUAUCGAGAGCUUUUCCAAGGAGAUAUUACUUUGAUCUAAAGUUUCAAUAUUUCAAUCUGUUAAUCUUAUUCUUUUAUUUCUCGAAUGAAUUUAUUUUUCUCGAUAAAUAGACAAAUUUUUUUGAAAAUAUUCUUCACCGAUAAUGGCCAUCGUCGAAGAAUUCGAUUAUCUUUGUCGUUUGUGCGCGACCAAGACUGGAAUUCUCAUGGGAUUACCAAUCUUCGAGGCUGGCGAUCAGAUGCGUAACAUCCAUAAGAAAAUCGCAGCGUGCCUUCCCGUCCAAGUUUCAAUGACCGAUCAGCUUCCUAAAGUAGUAUGCGAAGAAUGCGCAUAUAAAUUAGAUCAAUUGUUUGAUUUUCGUGAAAAAUGUUUACAUACUGAAGGUAUGUUUAUGGAAAUGUUAAAAGAAAUUAGCAAGGAUGAAACAGUGCGUAUAUCGGAGCAUAGUUUAGAAGAGGUAGCUGAAAUGAAUAUGAAUAGAAUUCAAAGGAAUAUAGAUAGAAUACAGAGUGAUAUUGAAGAAGUCCAAAAUCAUGCUAGCAUAGUUUCUCAUGAAUCAGGGGUAACGGCUAUACAUACUAUGCAAGUUAUGGAUGAAAUGGAUUUAGCUGGCGAUGAACAAGUUGUUACGCAAGAAGAUAUUGGUCAACAGGAUCAUGAUAUGGAGGUUACUGACAUUGACUGUUUAGAUGGUGAAACAGUAAGAAUGGUCGAUGAACAUAUAAGAGAAGUUUCAAAUCAUCAAAUAGCUAUGCAUUUGGAAGAUGAUAUGACUGUAGUAGGAAAUUUAACUGUAGAUGGACAUUUGAGUCAACUUGGAAUAAAUUAUGUAACUUCCAUAAAUCCAGAAACUGAAACUAGAGGACAAUUAGUGCAUUAUUGUGAAAAUGUUAAGUAUGAAUCAGUGCCUAUAAAGCAAGAAUAUCAAAGGUUACAAGAGAGAUUAAAUUCUGAAGAUCCUACACAUGUAUUAGAAAAUAAUGUACCCACCGAUGGGUUUCAUUCCUCUCAACCAGAAACAGAAAGUGAGAUAGAGGAAACAAAUGUUAGUGAAAAUGAAGUUUGUAGAAGUAUGGAUGUAAAUCAUUCAAAUGUGUUGCCCUCCACCAGUCAAUCUAAUACGGAAAAUACGGAAGUUAUUGUUGAGUAUACUAAAGAAACUAAACAUACUUUAUUAGAAUCUAUAUUAAAUAAUCCAACCAUCGAUGAGACUAAUACCCAUUGGUAUGUGUGUCCUUUCUGUAAUGAAGCUGCAAUGGAAAUGAGUAAUUUUGCAGUACAUUUUGAACAACAUUUUUGUUCAUGCUCUUGUGGUUUGUAUUUUACAAGUGUAGAAGUAUUAAAUAUUCACAAAGAACAGUGUAACUCGUAUAAAACAAAGGAAGAUAAUAAGGAAAUAAAAGUAAUAGAAUCAGAAUUAGUUCCAUCGCAAAGCAAUGAUAAUGCAGAUAUCCAAAAGAAACCAUCCACUGUAAGACAAAAAUGGACACCCAAAAUUUGUACUCAGUGUGGUAAGCAGUACAGAACCAAUUAUAAAUUACAAGAGCAUAUGCGCAAACAUACAGGAGAAAAGCCUUUCCAAUGUCUGAUUUGUGAAAAAGCAUUUCGUAGCAAGAUAGGUCUUGCACAACAUACAGCAACACAUACUGGUCAGUUCGAUUACACUUGUUCUACUUGUGGCAAAGGAUUCCAGUGUAAAAGUUAUCUGAUCGUCCAUCAGAGAGUUCAUUCGGACUUAAAACCUUAUCCUUGUAGUACUUGUGGACAAAAUUUUAAAACUAAACAAUCCUUAUUGGAUCAUCAAAAUAGGCAUCUUGGUGUAAAGCCUUACAUGUGUGAAGUUUGUGGUAGAGGUUUCAUAACUAAAGGUCUUUGUAAGAGUCAUCAGAAAAUACAUUCAGGUAUGGAUAAUCGACAGUACCCAUGCAUAGUGUGUAAUAAAAUGUUUGUCAGCAAAAGUUAUCUUAAUACACAUUUACGUAUACAUACUGGUGAGAAACCCUAUCUGUGUGAAGUAUGUGGGAAAGGAUUUUUAACGCGUGUUGAUCUUAAAAUUCAUUCCACCAUGCAUACUGGUGAGAAAAGCUUUAAGUGUGAAAUGUGUGCUAAAGUCUUCGCUAGAAGAGCAGCUUUACGAUGUCAUAGAAGAUCGCAUACGGGAGAAAGACCAUAUAGAUGUGACGUUUGCGAUAAAACAUUUACUCAAUUUAGUCCAAUGGCUAUUCAUAAACGUUUACACACUGGUGAAAGACCAUAUGAAUGUGAUAUGUGCGGCAAAGCAUUCGUAUCACGAUCGACUAUGAUGUGUCACAGAAAAAAACAUCAUAUUCCUGUGACACCUACACAAAAAGAUGUUUUAGUUUCUAACGAGGAUGCAGAAGUGAAACACAUUAUAUCAACAGAAAUAGUGCUUAGGGAAUCACAUGACGGAAUCCAUAUUACUGCUGAUUGAAUAGAAACUGGAAAAAAAAUCUGAAAUAUUAAUUUAAAUUAACAAAAAUAGGAAAAGGUAGGAAGGAAAUAACUGAUUUCAUUUGUACUUAUAUAAGAUAUAAGAUAUUUUGACCUGCAUUUAUUGUUUACUCCGUUUUAGGCUCCAUGCUCUAUGUUUUGGGACAUGUAAUAUAUAUAUAUUGUAAAAGUUUAAUGCAAGAAAGAUAUUUUUUCAAGAAU